AUGGAUGAUAUUAAAGAAGUCUUUGGCCGCAUUAAUGUAGCUAUGAUUAGGUUCAGUCAUACUUUAGAAUCAAAAUUAAAAACCCUGCUUCAUCAAUUAAAUGAAGGACUUAAAAAGCUAAAAUAGAAUAAAGAAGAUGAGUAAAAGUAGAUGUAUUAAGACAAGCUUCUUCUAUUGUUUCGUAAAACUCUAAGUGAUUUAAUGAAAAAUUGGGGAGCCUAAGAGUCAGAAGAAACAAGUAAUAGCAUUAAAGAGUUAGUUAAACUUAUUUUUUGGUGUGCUAAGAAAGAAAUUGUCCUAGUAAAGGAUGCAUUAUCUUUUUCUGAAGACUUUUGUGAUAUGCUCUCUGUAAAUGAUUUAAGAGAGUUUAUAGAUACCUUCGAAAGCAGCAUUCAUACUAUUAACUAUCUUUCAGAAUAAGACAGUAAUUAUCCUUUAAAGAUAUGCAACGUUAUUUUUAAAAAGUUAACUAGAACAUAUGAUACUCGCCUUAGAGGAGAGUUACAUAUUUUUUUAUCUAAAAUUCUCCCCAUAUGUCAUGCAUCAGGCUUGAAAUCUAAAAUUUGUACAGAAAUUACAGCUCAAUUAGAAAAUGAAAGUGAUAUAGCUAAAAAUCAAAACAUUUAAGGAAACCAAAUGGAGAUUGAGGAAGAUAAAAGCUAACCAGAUAAUAUUACUUAUUCUAAUAAGGAUUUCUAUAAGAAAUUUUGGACUCUAUAAAAAUACUUCUAAAAUCCUUUUUGUCUAAGCACCAACGAUGAGUUGUUAGACAUAGAUAAAAAUAGUGCUGCUUCAUGUUCAACUAGCAUGGAAGAAGAAGAAGUUGAAGAAGGUGAAGAGAAAAUUAUUGAGUCUAAAAAAGUAAAAGCAGUGUGUUCAGCCAUUUAAUUAGUACUAGAUAGAUUCAAUCAAAAUCCUAUUUUUGAAAAGAGAGAAGCCAACAUAAAGCCUUACAUAAAAUAUUUGACAACUUAUUCUCUUUUAGAAAAAUAACUAAGUGACCCAUUUUUUAGGAAGAUAUGGCUACUCUAAGCUUUGCUUUUCUUUUAUGCUAUUUAAAAUAAAACUAAAGAUUUAGAAAUUAAAAAUAUUGACUCUGAAAUGGCAUUGAUAAAAACAACUGAAGAAAAAGUUAAAAAGACAUUCAUCUAGCUUCAUGAAAAUUUGAAAGAAGAAAUUAAUUUUGAGAAACUUGAUUUAUUUUUUAUAGAUGAAAAAAUUUGGGUUGAAAGAAAAGAUAUGCUUCCAAGAUAAAAUAAAGAUGAGAAAUUUAAUUUCAAGAAUCCUUGCGAAAAAACUAGAGAAAUGAUAGAAUAUUAUCAUAAAUCUAUUUUAGUUGAUAAGAAAGAUAACUCUCAAAAAAGUGAAUUUACAUUUGAUUCACAUAAAAUGUUACAGUAGAAGCAAUUUGCAGAGAUGGAAGCUUUUAAGAAAAAAAUUAUUCAAGACUGCAGCAAGACAGGAGGCAACUCAAUAACUGAAGAAAGUAAUGUGAGAUAAAUUCUUGGAAAAGAAAUUUACUUCCCAAUUAAAACAAAUCCGAUUCAGAAAUCUGUUGGCUAUUAUAUUAACUAAGUUAUAGAUUAAUUAAAAGACUCUACAAGCGAAAAACUAGUUGAUGAUCCUAUAUUUGUAACCAAAGCGAUGAGGGCUUCUUUUAGGUAUAAUUUGAAUUGGGUAGAAAAAGACAAAGAAAGUUUAAAGGAUUUAGAAAACUUUGCUAAGGAGUUUGAAGAAAAGGAAGUUGAUAAAUAAACUAAAUAGGACAAAGAAAAGGAAAGAGAUAAAUCCACCAACAAGGAGUCUUAACAAUAGCCUGAGUAAGUUUAAGCUGAAGAUUUAAAAAAAUCUAAAAUAGAUAAAACUGAAAAGAGCUCUAGAAGCAAUAAUGAAAACGAUGAGAAUCCUUAAGCAGAUUAAUCUAGAAAUACUAAUUCUAGUGGAAGCAACUUUUCUUCAAGAUAGGAUGAAAAAUCUAAGAGUCAACCAUAAAAAAUUUCGAAUCAAAGUGAAUCAAAAUAAAAUUAGGAUUAACCGAAAAAUAAUAAUAGUUCUAACAAUCAAAGUUCAUCAAAUGCAGAAAAAGUUAAUUAGCCAAGUAAUUCGAAUAAUAUCAGCAAGAAUUCAAAUGAUAAUGAAUAAAGGGGUAAACAUAAUGAAGAUAAGUAAAAAAAAGAUGAUAAAAAUGAAAGGUAAAACUAUAAUAACGAAAAUAGCAAAUCAGAUUUGAAAAUAGAUGAAUCUAAAAAUUCCCGUUAGGAUAAUGAAAAAGAAAGAAGGAUAUCUUAAGAAAAUAAUAGAUAACAGGGAGAUGAAAAAGCAAAUAUUAAAGUAAGCGAUGAAUAGAUAAAUAAUGAAAGACCUCGUCAGAAUAGAUAAGAGAGUAAUUUUUCAGAUAGUAAAAACGAAGAUGUUAAAUCCUCAAGUAAUAAGGAAGAUAAAUCUAAGAGUGAUGACAAAAAUGAAAGAAGCAAUCAAAAUCAAUCAUAAAAGCAAGUGAGUGAUGAUAAAUACAAGAAUAAAGUCGACAGUAAAUAAAAAGAUGAAAAACAGUAAAUUGAUGAAGAAAAUAGAAGGUUUUAGUCAUCUGAAGAUAAUAGGAAAACUUCAAAAGAUGAAAGUAAGAGGUUUUAUAAUCAAGAAGAUAAUAGAAAGAAUAAUGAUGAAUCUCGUAAAAACAAUGAAGAUGGGCGUAAAAAUAUUGAAGACUAAGGUUUUGAUAAAAAUGACAACUAGAAAUAAUUUUAAGGAAAUAAUAAUUCUAAUCAGAACUCAAUUAAUAUUAGCUCUUCUAAAAAUAAUAACUAAUAAUAAUCAAAUGCUUCUUCAUCUUCAUCAUCAUCUAAAAAUGUAGACAGUCAAAAAAAUGAACCUAAACAAGGAGAUGAGAGUAACAAAUCAUAAAACUAAGUUUCAAAUAAUAGCAACAAUUAAGGCUCAGGAAACUUUAGUAAUAUGAACAAUAAUAAUAACAGCAAACCAUAGCUUAAUCUUAAAAAGAAUGAUCCACCAAAUGUUAGCUAGGUUAAUUCUGGUAAUAGCAGUGGAGGGAGAACUUAAGGAAGAAGUCGUUCAAAAGAAAAAUAAUCUAAUACUUACUCUUCUAGCAGUGGAUCUAGCAGAAACAAUACUAAUAAUAGCAAUAAUAAUUAGUACAGUUCAGGAGGUAAUAAUAAUCCUAAUGGCAACAAUAGCAAUUACAAUUCAAAUAGUAAUUAUCAAUAAGGAGGAAAUAGUUAAUAUUCUAACAGCAACUCUUAUAAUUCAAGUAAAUAUAAUUAGCGCGAUGACAGUAAAUAAAACUCAGGAUAUGGCUCAUAAAACAAUAAUUAUAAUUAAGGAAAUUACAAUAAAGGAAAUAACAGCAAUAACAAUAACUACUCAAAUAAGAGAGAUUAUAAUAAUAACUCUUAAUAUGAUAAUAACAACAACAGUAACAAUAACAAAAGAGAUAAUUAUGAUAGAAAGAAUUUUUAGAAUUCAAAUUAUUACAACAACAGAGGUAAUGAAUAUGAGCCAGGUCCAAACAAAAGAUAAAAAAAUUGA